ACCAAAACCUUCUUUCUUCCCUCUUUUCCCCAAUUUCUCUCUCCUAUUUCAGAUAAGUUCAUCUUAAUCUUCUUCCCCAAAUUCCCCUUUCUCUCUCAUCGAUUUCUCAGUUUUCCUGUCGAAUUUGGCAAUUCUAGUUCCCUCUCUUUUUUAUUUGUUCUUGGAAUUCAAGAUCUGGUGGUUUUGAAGUUCAAUUCAAUGUUUAUCGAGCCUAUAUGAGCUGUCAAAUUCAGAUGCGGAGGAUUCGAAUUCUCCAUUCGUUCUCUGUUGUUUUCCUGUACUGGUUCUACGUUUUCUCAUGAAUUAAUCAUCGUCUUUGAUUGUCAUAGAUUUAAUUAGGUCGAUUUUUCUAGAUUUUAAUUUCGUCAAACCCAAACCCUAAUUUCCUACAGUACCUCCCAAAAAAAUCCCCUUAUUUGUUUGAAUUUAGAGGAAAGCGACUGAUUUCCGACUUUAGGUAAACGGAAAUCUCUUUGAUUAGGAUGCAGCAACAGCAACAGCAACCGCAGCCGGUGAGUUCCGGGUCGGAUUCUGACCCGAGGUACGCGAAUAUGGAUGAUAGGAAGCGAAAACGGAUGCUUUCAAACCGCGAAUCGGCACGUAGAUCGAGGAUGAAGAAGCAGCAACACCUUGAUGAGCUGCUGAAAGAAGUAAAUCAGCUGAAAUUACAGAAUUCAGAGAUUUCUCAGAAAACAGAUGUUGUCACACAGCAUUACAUCGGUGUCGAAUCCGAAAACAAUGUCCUGAGAGCUCAAAUGAUGGAGCUUACCGAUAGAUUAAGAUCUCUGAAUUCCGUGCUCCAGUUUAUGCAGGAUGCUAGUGGUUUCGCAAUGGAUAUUCCCGUGAUUCCUGAUAAUUUGCUUGAGCCAUGGCAGCUUCCUUGCCCUAUUCAAGCAAUUCCAAAUAUGUUCCAAUGUUAAGGAACAACAAUGGUGGGAAGUGAACGAGUAAUGUGCCUGUUUUAGAUGACGAAAGGGGUCAUCUAACUAUCUCUAAUGAAUGAUCAAUGGUGGUAAAAACAGGCUAGUUAAGCACGGAGAAGAUUGCUGGUGUUUAAUAUGUUGAUGAUUUUGAUGUGUAUUAUCAAGAAAGUUGUGUUCUUGGUAAUUAGGAUUAGUUAUGUUGGUUGGGUCUUUUAAAUUGUGUGUUUCAGGAUUUGAUGUUAUUUUUGUUGUAAUGGAUUUGAUGCUUCUUUAGCUAUUGUUGGCAUUAUGGUGAUUAUGUUGGAAUAAUAAUGUUGCCCUUAAAUUUGGUUUAUCAUAAA